AUGGUGAGCAGCGCGCUGCACUCUGUCCGCAAGGGCAUCUCGUGCCCAAUUCAAGACCCGAACUGCACACGUAUCGUAGAGACCUUGUCCUCGUGGAACAGUACUGUGGUCAAUGCGUAUCGGCUUGUGGAUUUACCUCCGGUGGCAACAUCUGUGACUUCAGUUACCAUGUCUCAGGAGGUUCUCCAUCCCUUCCCCACGGUGGAUGUCCCCGACCAUGCUCACUACACCAUCGGUGCUGUUAUCCUGGCCAUCGGCAUCACAGGAAUGGUGGGGAACUUUCUGGUCAUCUAUGCCUUCAGCAGGAGCCAGACUCUGAGGACACCUGCCAACAUGUUCAUAAUAAAUCUGGCCAUCACAGACUUUCUGAUGUGUCUGACACAGGCUCCCAUCUUCUUCACCACCAGCAUGCACAAGAGAUGGAUCUUUGGAGAGAAAGGCUGUGAGUUGUAUGCCUUCUGUGGUGCCCUGUUCGGGAUUUGCUCAAUGAUUACACUCAUGGUCAUCGCGGUGGACCGGUACUUUGUCAUAACACGCCCUCUCGCCUCUAUCGGGGUGCUCUCCUGCAAGAGAGCUCUGCUUAUCCUGUUGGCCGCCUGGGCCUACUCGCUGGGCUGGAGCCUGCCACCUUUUUUUGGCUGGAGUGCGUAUGUUCCUGAGGGGCUGCUGACCUCCUGCACGUGGGACUAUAUGACCUUCACGCCCUCUGUGCGUGCGUACACAAUGCUCCUCUUCACCUUCGUGUUCUUCAUUCCGCUCAUCGUCAUCAUCUACUGCUACUUUUUCAUCUUCCGUGCCAUUCGGAGCACCAACAAAGCUGUGGGAAAAAUCAAUGGGAAUAAUUCCAGAGACUCACUGAAGAGGUUUCACCGGCUGAAGAACGAAUGGAAAAUGGCCAAGAUCGCCCUCAUAGUCAUCCUUCUUUACGUUAUCUCUUGGUCUCCCUAUUCGACGGUCGCCCUCACGGCAUUCGCGGGGUAUGCUGAUAUGCUGACGCCUUACAUGAAUUCUGUGCCUGCUGUGAUAGCAAAGGCUUCUGCUAUUCACAACCCUAUCAUCUAUGCUAUCACUCAUCCCAAAUACAGGUCAGCCAUUGCGAAGUACAUCCCGUGUCUGGGUGUUCUGCUGUGUGUGCCACAGCGAGAGUUACACUCCUUACACAGCAGCUUCACGUCCACACGUCGCUCCACCGUCACCAGCCAGAACUCUGACGUCAGUGGCCACUUCCGCCGCACGAGCACCGGGAAGUCCCGCCUCUCCUCCGCCUCUGACAGCGAAUCGGGUUGGACAGACACUGAGGCCGAUGUCUCCAGUAUGGGCUCAAGGCCUGCUAGUCGGCAGGUGUCCUGUGAUGUCAGCAAAGACACAGCAGAGCAGCUGGACUUCAAGCCCUGCAGCUCCUCCAGCUUCAAGUCCAAGCUGAGGAGUCAUGACUCCGGCAUCUUCGAGAAGACCUCCUCUGAUGUGGAUGACAGCUCCAUGGCGGGAGGAGGCCACCCUGAUCGCUCCCUCCCUCCGGCUGGUGACAUCGUAGAUGGGGCAGUUUCAAGGGGGAUCAUUGGACGCAUUCCCAGCAUUGUCAUCACUUCGGAGUCCAGCCCCUUCCUGCCGUCCCUGAGAUCCAGCUGCCGUAACGCGCGUUCCUGGUUAUCCCAUGGCAAUAUGGGUGUUGGUUCUGUCUCCAGAGAUAUGAAUGGAGAUGUCCAGCAGGGGUCAGCCCACCUCUCCACUGCCAAUACAUGUGUUGACCCCACUAACAACGAAAAAUCUCUCCCCCAGCCGGGGUCCCAGGGAUCGGAUCAAGCUGGCGUGAGUGACACAGCUCGUCCGAAGAGGAAACGCAGAGAGGAUCCUCAACUUCCAAAGGCGGGUGGUACGGCCGUCUGCGUUAACGAACGCCAGCCAUGA